CCACCCACUGCUUUCCCACCUCGACGUGUUCUGGGUGUAUCCCCUCCAUUCGACAUCUGUCUUAUGAACCACGACUUUCCGAGCCUCACACCGCCGCAAUGCCUCCACGGAAGAGGGCAAAGGCAAGCGCGGCCUCCACGCCUCUGGCCGAGACGCAGCCAAAGACUCCCCAAGACACAGGCGUCGCAGUGCAAUCGCAGCAAGCUUCUCCGCAGAACGAGAAUCUGCUCAAUGACCCGUGGACCGAUGAACAAGAGACGCAGCUCUUCAAGGGCAUGAUGAAAUGGAAGCCCACAGGCCUGCACAAGCACUUCCGCAUGAUCUCAAUACAAAACAACAUGCGCUCCCACGGCUUCGUCACCCCGGACACCCCGCACACGCGCAUCCCAGGCAUCUGGCAGAAGCUCCAUCAGCUCUACGACCUCAACGCUCUCGACGAGCGCGAAUUCGCAUAUACCUUCCACAAUCAGCCCGACCCGCUUGACCCCACAGAAGCCGCCAAACUGCCCCAGUUUGAGCUCCCCGAAGACGAGUUUGGCGGCCUAAUGUGGGAGAGACGAUUCCAUGGCCCCGAAUCCGUCGCAUCCUCAUCCCCACCCCUGGUCUCUGCCGAUGAAGACAGAGCGCUGUAUCACCCGGGGAUCGGUCUUCUACAUGAUUUACCAGGAGGAGAAGGGCUCAAAGCGCGUCAAGCGGAGGCAGCAGAGAGUGCAUCCGGCGCCACACCAACACCCAAGAACACAAAAGCCAGUACACGCGCAAGCCGAGCCGCGGCGGCGAAGAAGGGACAGGCUACCAAAUUAGGGCAAGCUGCUAAGCACAGUAAGGCCCAAUCUGCAGUCUCGGAUUCCGCAGAAGACGAGGAUGAAGAUGAUAACGAAGAGGAAGACACUGCCGAGUCCGAAGAAGAGACCGCUCCGAGCACGCGAAAAACGGGUCGGAGUGGUGGGCGAGCGAGACCGGCGCCGAGGAGGACGAGGAAGCGGUGAUGGCCAGAAAACUAAAGGGACGGGCCAUGUACAAUAUGUUGCUUUCUUAGGAUACCCGGGGCCUUUUCCGUGUGAGUCCCAAGAUUGAUGUUAGUUACCGCGUUACAGCUUAGGCCUGGGCUACCUUCAUUCGGGGCUAUUAGGGAUUGAUUGAUUGAUUUGGUAUCAUGAUUCUAAGAAGUUUCUCCGAUUUUGCCCCUCAAGUAAGGUCUGUCAUAGAAUCCUCGGUUUCCCAUCGUGUGGUUUUAUUUCCUACUUGCAUCCAUCACCCCUUAGGCCUCCACGUCUUCCUCCAUUUCUUUAGAAUCUCAGCAUCCUCCACGGCUUCCUUAAACAACCUCUCGAGAGUCAGUGAGCCUUUGAAGUCUCGGCAGACAAGGCGAAGAUUGAGGAUUGUUCGCACUGACGUGGGGUCGAUGUUGUGCGGGUAGUAUCUUGACAGGUCACAAGGACCCUUGUAU